AUGGGCACAAAUGGGUCUGGCAAGUCAACACUGUCCAAGUGCUUGGUGGGGCAUCCAGAUUAUGAGAUCACUGGCGGCAGCGUGACAUAUAAGGGCGAGGACUUGCUGGUAAUGGAGCCAGAGGAGCGAGCUCGUGCUGGCAUUUUCAUGAGCUUCCAGUCCCCUGUGGAGGUCCCAGGAGUGUCAAAUUCAGAUUUCCUGCGCCUGGCAGCCAACGCCCGAAGGAAGCAGAGGGGGGAGCCAGAACUGGAGCCCCUGGAGUUCUACGGCUUUGUCAUGCCCAAGCUUGCAGCGCUGAAGAUGAACCCAGACUUCCUUAAUCGGGAUGUCAAUGCCAACUUCAGCGGGGGAGAGAAGAAGCGCAACGAAAUCCUGCAGCUCUCCGUGCUCGAGGCGGACGUGGCUGUGUUGGAUGAGAUCGACUCUGGACUGGACAUUGAUGCGCUGCGCGAUGUGGCAGACGCAGUGAAUGGUCUCAAGCGGCCGGACUCCGCCACCCUCAUGGUCACCCACUACAAGCGGCUGCUCAAUUACGUGGUGCCAGAGGCGGUGCACAUAAUGGAGGCGGGCCGCAUCAUUUACAGCGGAGGGCUGGAGGUUGCAGACAUCCUUGAAAAGGACGGCUACGAGGGCAUCAAGACUCUCAUCAAAAAGGAGGCCGCGGCUGGCAGGGAGCCCGUGGCAGCCUGA